CCAAUGAGAUAGAUAGGCUUGAAAUUGAAAGAAGGUUAAACAAAUCAAUGGUGGGAACUCUUAAGAAAUUCUCAAGCAGUAAAGUCAGUAACUGUGUUAAGUUUGUUUGUAGCUACGGAGGAAGGAUUCUCCCCCGUCAUCCUGAUGGAAAACUUCGUUAUAGUGGUGGAGAAACUCGUCUUCUAUCUCUCGACCGCGAUUCCAUUUCUUUUUCAGAAUUAAUGGUGAAGCUGUGUGAAAUGUGUGGAUACUCAUCAGUGAGUUUGAGGUGUCAGUUACCGGGUGAAGAUCUUGAUGCCUUGGUAUCCGUUAAAUCCCAUGAAGACCUUAUUAGUAUCAUGGAAGAAUAUGAUUUAGCAGAGAAGAAAUCAAGUAGUCCGUUAAAAAUAAAGGCAUUUCUAUUUCCGUCAAAAUCAAUUAAAAACAUGAUUUCUCCACCAGUUUCAGUUUCUUCUUCUUCUUCAUCAUCUGUAGCUGCUGGAAAAUACUCACCGCCAUCAUCAGCAACAUCAUCUCCAGUUAGCAAUCAAUCUGUUAUUAAUCCUUAUUAUCAGCAUCUUCUUCAUAAUCAGGUCUCUAGUUCAUCAGUACCGGUGGGAUUUCCAAAUUUACAUCCACAAGCAGUACCACAUGGUCCUUAUUAUUACCCCCGCUGUAUUCCUCCACAUCAAGGAAGUCCUAGACAAGUCUAUCUUGUCCAUCAUGGAAAUCAUUGGCAAUAUUAACAAAUUUCCUAAUCUUUCUCGAAUUUGAAAGAUUGAUAAUGAGUACAACAGAAAAAAUAAUUAUUUGCUUGUCGUAAUGAUUUUUCUCCAAAAUAUAUAAUUUUGGGUUUUUUUUUUGCUUGUAAAUUUGGGAUUAAGAUAGACUCCACAGGAGAGAAAGAAAUGAAAAUAGUAAGAGAAUAAGAAUCUCCCCAAGAAACUAUACAUUAGCAACUUAAAUAUAUAUAUCAUCAUAUAUAUAUACAACACUAAAUCAAAGCCUCUUGCAAAUGUUGAAGAUGUUGUGUGUUCCAGUUCAUUCAUAUUCAAAGAUCUCAUCUAGCUAUCAAUAUCAUCCAUGCCAGAAUCAAUACAUUAUGAAUUCCUUUUCUUAAGCA